CACACGCACCCAGACCCGUUCCCAGGCCAUCACACCAUCACCACCUCCCCCCCCCCCUCCCAACCUCGCCGCCGCCGCCGCCGCCGCCGCCGUUGCGGCCUGCCGGCCUCCGAUGGCGAAGACCCGAAAGCCUCCGCCUCCGCCUCCUCCGCCGCCCCCCGCAGAAACGCCAUCCCCGCAGCGGCGGCGCAAGAAGAAGGGCCGCCCCUCCCUCCUCGACCUCCAGCGCCGCAGCCUCCGCCUCCAGGCCCAAAACCCUAGCCCCGACCCUGCACCCUCCCGCCGGGACCCCAACCCCUCCGACGACGACGACGACGGGGCCGGGAGCGGGCGGCGGCGGCAGAAGCGCCUCAAGAGCGUCCUCUCCGGCAGCGUCAAGGAAGAGUCAGGGGAGGGGAAGAAGGAUGCAGCGAAAGCGACGGGGAAAGGGGAUGCUGCGUCGGAUGGCGGGCCCACGGGAACGCCCCUCCCAGACAAAAAGUUGCUGCUCUUCAUCCUCGAUAGGCUCCAGAAGAAGGAUACUUAUGGAGUUUUCUCAGAGCCUGUCGACCCAGAAGAGCUUCCAGAUUACCAUGAGAUUAUUGAGCAUCCUAUGGAUUUCUCAACGAUCCGUGAGAAGCUGUUGAAUGAUUCGUACUCUACCUUAGAGCAGUUCGAGAAUGAUGUAUUUCUUCUUACAUUAAAUGCCAUGUCUUACAAUUCAGCCGACACAAUCUACUAUCGGCAGGCUCGAUCUAUUGAAGCUCUUGCCAAAAAGGAUUUUGAGAACUUGAGGCAACCUAGUGAUGAAGAAGACGAACAACCCAAGCCAGCUCGAAGAGGUAGGCCGCCGAAGAAUCCCAAGGUGGAGGAUGAUGUGUCACCAGAUUUAUCCAAUGUAAAAGCAAACAAACAUGAAGACAAUGCUGAAACAAUAAGAAAAAGAUUGACCGGAGACAGAACUCGAAAUACAAAUACCCCAACAAAAGAUUCAUCCACUUUUCAUAGUAUGCUCAGCUCUUCUAGUGUAAAAAGAACAGAUAAAAUUGGUGAUUACUCAGGUUCUUCCAAGUGGGGAAAAAAGCCUACUAGUUUAGAUGACGACCGUCGAAGUACAUAUGAUCAGCAUUACUCACGUAAUAGUUCUCUGUUUGCUGCCCUUGAUGAUGAGAGGAAACUUCUAGUGCCAGUAGGGCUUCAGCAGCAAUAUGCGUAUGCUAGGAGUGUGGCGCGCUUCGCAGCGAAAUUGGGUUCGCUUGGCUGGGAUAUAGCAGCAAAUCGUAUCAGACGGACGCUGCCCCCUGGGGCAAAUUUUGGCCCAGGAUGGGUUUUAGAUGGCGAGCCACCUCAAAACUCUCAGUGGGCUCCUAUUGUCGCAUCCACCAAUUCCUCCUCUCAGUCCACUACUCCACCCUUCGACAUGACAUCCAAGAACGAUGUACUCCAUCACAAGUCCGGACUGUCUUCAAAUGGGGAUGUUACUGGUGAAGAGCAUCUAACUAGAACUCAAGCAGUAGCUUCUACAUCAGCAGGAUUUGAUAAGAGGUCUGAAAUUGCCAGUAAAGUGAUCAAGUAUGAGAAUGGAGCUAACAAGUCAUGUGGUAUGGAUAAUACUGGACCAGCUCCUCCUUUACAGCACAACCAAAGCUACAGUCGAGAAAUGCACUCUAAUGUCAAUGGCUUCACUGCUGUAUCAAACACCAUUAGUCAAUAUGCUGGACAAGGGAUAUUUGGAUCAGGCAUUCCUAUGACACAUGCUCAAGUGCUUGGGAUGUUUUCUGGAGUCAAUGGCAGAGCCAACAGCUAUAUCCAUGGGCACCCACUAACUGCUGGUAGUGUUAAAAUAGCACAGAAUGGAGAUGUUGGAAAGGCAACCCCCAAUCCUGUGCAAGAUCCAGGCCAUGAUCCAAAGAUUGUGUUGCCUCCAAAUGCUAAUAACUCUGCUCCUCCAAACUUAAAUGCUGGUGUCCAGUCAUCCAGUUCCCCGCCUAGAGGGAAGGUAGCAAACCCAAAGCAGCCUGACCUGGCUUUGCAGCUCUGAGAACAGAAGUAGUCAUUGACGUAGUUCACCUUUGUACUAUGAUCUGUGAUGCAAAGUCAUGAAUUAAAUACUGCUUCUCCAGGCCUAAUUCUCAAGCUUCUGAUACACAGCGAGUCAUUUGUAACACACUAAAUGGAGCUCAGAAGCUAUGAAGAAAUAACAAAAGAACACAAGCUGUUGCGGUAAGCAGAAUAGCUAGGGCUGUUUAAUCAUUUGACCCCCAGUGAAUUGUUGUAAAAGGGUAGGUAGUUUGUACAGAUUCUAAUCUUAUUGGAGAUCAUAAUGUUUCGGAUGAGGCAGUGCCUGUUGUCCAAUUUGUAACAUGAUGGUAGAGGAAGUAUACAAGCAAAAUGGCAGUGAAUAAUUGUGCCAUUUUUUCUCAGAAGAUCUAGCAUUUCGAAUGUAUGAGAGUGACCUUGUUCGGUGUUAA